GUACCAUAGAUAAUUCAGAAGUACCGGAGAUAUCUCACGACGUGGGGAUGUUGCAGAAAGCCAACAAGGUCUUCGGGUAAAUCGUCCCAUGGAUAUCCCAAGUGGUGAUGAGGGUUCGACUAUGGCCGGUUCAUUGGCCAAUAGAUGCAGUGAUAAUUAUAAGCUUUUACCCUGGCCCUCUUCGACCUCAAUAGGGGAACAACAUAUCGUAUAAACUUGCCCUGCCCCCCGUAGACGUGUAUGAUAAAGACGAAUGUCAGACGUACCCUAAAAAGAAACUUUUAGACCUGUUACUCCUACCCCUCCUCUGAAAGGGCUUCUAGUUUGGAUUCCCAUUUGAAACCAACAUCAUGGCCCCUGCGCUCCUUAUCGAUGACCGAGAGAAGUCUCAAGGACGAGGACGUCUCCCUGUCACGCUCCUCAGCGGUUUUCUUGGCUCUGGCAAGACGACUCUAUUAGAGAAUAUCCUGACCUCCCCAGACCAUGGCCUCCGAAUAGGUGUCAUAGUCAACGAUGUUGGCGCUUUGAACAUCGACGCAGCCCUCCUAACCUCCCACGAUGUGACACGGAAGGAGGAACAGGUAGUAGCCAUGCAGAACGGUUGUAUAUGUUGUACUCUGAGAGGUGAUCUGCUCGAAGAGGUCGCUAGGUUGGCUGAGGAGAAGCAGGUCGAGUAUCUCGUCAUCGAAAGCUCCGGAGUUAGCGAACCGAUGCAAGUCGCGGAAACUUUCUCGGAGGAGUUUGCCGAUAUGCACGUCGCCGCAGGAUACGACCUCGAGUCGGAAGAGCAAGGUGACCGCGAGGUGAACAAGAAGCUCGCUCAGAUACUGAAAGCCGGUGGACUGUCCAAGGUCGCGCGUCUUGAUACUUGUGUUACGCUGGUCGACGCCGUCAACUUCAUGCAAGAUUUUGCGACGGCCGACUUUUUGGUCGACCGCCAAACUGACGUCCCUCAGGAGGACGACCGUAACAUCUCUGACCUGCAGGUAGAUCAAGUGGAGUUUUCCGAUGUGAUCAUCGUCAAUAAAUGUGAUCUUGUCUCUAAGGAAGAAGUCAACCGGAUCAAGGGAGUCGUAAAGAAGCUCAACCCGAGCGCCAAAGUUGUCUCGACGAUAAAGUCUCGUCUUGAGCUCACCGAAAUUCUUGACACUAGGCUGUUUUCAUAUGAGAAGGCAGCCCUUAGCGCCGGAUGGCUGAAGAGCUUGAACGAAGAAAUAAAUCCCGAGACGGAAGAAUACGGUAUCGGCACAUUCGUAUAUCGAGCCCGCCGACCAUUUCAUCCCGCACGAUUGUGGGACAUGAUCAAGUCAGUAUUUGUCGUUAUCCAGACGGAAUAUCAGAUUGAAGGGGAAGAUAUGGACAUCGAUGAGGAAGAAGAAGGCGAUGGCUCAGAUGAGGGCGCUGAUGAAGAUACUGAUAUGGAGGACGAGCAACCUCAACUCGACCCGAAGGCGCGAUUAGCCUCAAAGAUAGCAGAUGCAACAUUCGGACCGCUGCUAAGGUCGAAAGGGUUCCUGUGGCUGGCGACUAGGCCGAAGAUGUAUGGCGAAUGGUCACAAGCGGGCGUGAUGUUGACUAUUUCCGGGCAAGACCUCUGGCGAUGCGAGAUUCCGCAGGAUGAAUGGCCCACUGACCCCGAGACGAGAAAAGCUAUAACUCGCGACUUCGAUGGUAAAUGGGGAGACCGUCGUCAGGAACUUGUCUUCAUCGGCCAACAGAUGCGGAAUGGAGGAGAGGAGCGUUUGCGGAAGGCACUCGAUGUUUGCCUCCUAAACGACGAAGAAUUCCAUAACUGGGAGGUGGCAAUGGAAUCAUUCGAUGUUCAGGAGAAGUUGGACGAGCUAUUUGAGGACGGAUUCGAAGAUUGGGUUGAAAUUGAUCAUGAGGGCCACGACCAUACGAACGGUCAUAGUCAUGGGGAUAAUAAACACUGAGGAUCCCAUUCGGGUAGCUCGUGUCGUUCCCAAAUCACUGGUAUCAAAGAAGGUUGGGGGGACGGAUAAGCUGAUGUAAGAAGAUGAAUACUAGGUAGUUAAGAAGGUAACUUUACGAAAGAAUCCCCCUAUUCCUUCUCGGUGGAUGAGUAGGUAGGUAUCUAGGUAUGUACUAGGUAGGUAUGUUUGAUCUAUUGAUUAC